UCCCAUCCCACUGCACAUAUACGCAUGUGUUCAGGGACCUUUCUGCAAAUACGCCAGCCCGCCGUCUCCGCCCUCGUCGAGCUCACCGCAGCCGACGAGCACACAAGAACUUCGACGAGGUUUUGAUCCCUUUCAGCCUUUGCCACCGCCCGGAGCCCCAACCGGCCAUGUGCAUCGCGGCGUGGGCGUGGCAGUGCCACCCGACGCACCGCCUGCUCCUCCUCUUCAACCGCGACGAGUACCACUCCAGGCCGACGCAGCCGGCGCAGUGGUGGGCGGCGGGGGAGGAGGGCAAGGAGAUCCUCGGAGGUAGGGACGAGCUCGGCGGGGGGACCUGGAUGGGUUGCACGAGGGACGGGAAGCUGGCCUUCCUCACCAACGUGCGGGAGCCCAGGUCGCUGGUCGGGACCAAGACCAGAGGGGAGCUCCCGGUCAGGUUCCUCCAGGGCAGCCAUGGUCCACUGGAGUAUGCAGCAGAAAUUGCAAAGGAAGCAGAUCAGUACAAUGGUUUUAACCUUAUAUUGGCUGAUGUGAAUGCAGGAACCAUGGUUUACAUCUCUAAUAGACCUGGAGGUGAUCCUGUAAUUCAAACAGUUGCUCCUGGGCUUCAUGUGCUUUCCAAUGCUGCGAUUGACUCCCCUUGGCCAAAGGCACUGCGCUUAGGACAGAGUUUCAAAAGAUAUCUGGCAACACAUGAUGAUGCAGAAGCCCCUUUAAAGCAGAUGGUUGAAGAGUUGAUGAUGGAUACCAUCAAGGCUGAUAGAUCUAUGGUGCCUGAUACUGGUGUCGAUCCUGAGUGGGAAUACAAGAUAAGCUCUAUAUUCAUUGACACUGCAAAAGGACAGGCACGAUAUGGAACACGAAGCAUGGCCGCACUGGCUGCAAAAUUGGACGGUGAGGUAACCUUCUACGAGAGGUACUUGGAGAACAGCUUGUGGAAGGAGAAUUGCAUACAGUUCCAGAUGGAGAAGGCACAAUAGGACUUGAGAGGAACUUCAGAACACCUGCAAAGAUUGAUCGAUUACUUCUUCCUUUUCCUUUUCUUUAUAUUUAAAGAGUACAUCAAAUUUGAGUAAAUAUUAUCAAUUCUUAGAACGUGACGCAGAUGUGUUGCGGAGUUGCAAGCCUAACAAGAUAAGUUAUAAGGUGGCUACCAUUGAAUACCCUUUUGUGCAGAUAUACAACAGUUGUUAAUCCCUAAUCCGAAUGUAACUCCGAUAACUGAUUUAUGCAUGUUCUAUGGCCCCUUUCCAUUGUAAUUCUGAAGGACAUUGGUUCUUCGCAAUACACGGAAAAUCACUGUAUUGCAGUGUCA